AUGAACGACGAACCACCACCAACCGUGAUGAUCGUCGGCGCAGGCCUGGGAGGACUCACCCUUGCGAUUCUUCUCCAGAGGGCCGGGAUUGAGUACCAGGUCUUUGAAAAGACUCCUGAAAUCCGACCCUUCGGUAGUGCAAUCGCACUAGGACCCAAUAUCCUCCCAUUAUUGACGCAAUUGGGUUUGUAUGAGGAGUUUAUGGCGAUCUCAAAGCCCGUCAAUCAUAUCACCAUCCACAAGGCUCAAGACAUGCGCCGAAUGGGCGCCGUCGACAUUGAAGAGCAUAUCGAAAGGAGUGGAUAUAGUAGCUACAUCUGUUCACGGCCAGACUUCUACGACCUCCUCAUCUCGCAGAUCCCCAAAUCCCGCAUCUCCUUCGGAAAACGCGUCCUCUCCCUGGUACAAGGCGACAACGGAGCUCAAAUCCAGACUGCAGACGGAGGAGUAUACGAGGCUGAUAUCCUUGUCGGGGCUGAUGGUGGCUACAGUGCAGUCCGUCAAGCAAUGUAUGAAAGACUGAAGAAGAAAGGACUCAUCCCAUCGACGGAUCUAGAAAAGAUGGCGUUGAAUCAUACGACGAUGGUGGGUGUGACGAGGCCGUUGGAUCUGGACAAAUACCCGCUCCUGAGGCAGCAGCAUAAGUCCUUUAGUCGGGCCGACUGGGUCAUUGGUCAUGGGCCGUUCACAUGGAGUUACUUUUCACUAACGAACAACAGGAUCGGUUGGGGCUUCGGGACACAGAUAUUAACGGAGGAGCUUCAAUUAGAAAACGACUCAUCAAGGAGUUCAGACUGGGGACCAGAGUCGACGCAGGCUUUGUGUGGGCAGAUCCAGGACUACAAGGUUCCUAUUGGAGGGACUAUGGGCGAUUUGAUCCAUGAGACGCCGCGGGAUUCGAUUUCGAGGAUGUUGUUGGAGGAAAAAUUGUUUGAGACUUGGUACCAUCAAAGGACUGUGCUAAUCGGCGAUGGACAGGGACCAGUAAACGCGAUGGAAGACGCAGUGAUUCUCGCCAACGCCAUUUAUGAGAUCCGAGCAGUCAAUUCCGAAAACAUCACCACCGCCUUCCAGGAUUACUAUGUGGAACGAUACCCACAUGCUGUGGAUCAACUCAAAUUCAUCCCCGAUCGAGGGAUCAUCCCAGUCCUGUCGCAAAAGCCCUCAAAACGAUAUGAAGAGAAACUGUUGGCAGAGCGGUUGGCAGCCAACUCGGCCUCGAUCGCUUCAUCUUCUGGGUUUGUAGCUACUGCUGCUUCUGCGGUUUGA